UGGAAGCACCGAUCUGAGCUUCUUGAAAGGCGCAAAGGUAUCCAGCUGAGGUUUGGGGGCCUUUUUUUUAAAGAGAAGAUGAAUUUCCCUGCCCAGAUAAUGUGACUUACAGACCCAGGUGUGAGCAGACUCGACCAUGGGAGCCAACGCCUCAAGCAAACCACCAGUGUUUGAUGAAAAUGAGGAUGUCAACUUUGACCACUUUGAGAUCUUGCGAGCCAUUGGGAAAGGCAGUUUUGGAAAGGUCUGCAUUGUACAGAAGAACGAUACCAAGAAGAUGUACGCCAUGAAGUAUAUGAACAAGCAAAAGUGUGUGGAACGCAACGAAGUAAGGAAUGUCUUCAAGGAACUCCAGAUCAUGCAGGGUCUGGAGCAUCCUUUCCUGGUUAAUUUGUGGUACUCCUUCCAAGACGAGGAAGACAUGUUCAUGGUGGUAGACCUCCUGCUGGGCGGAGAUCUGCGUUAUCACCUGCAGCAGAACGUGCGCUUCCAGGAAGGCACGGUGAAGCUCUUCAUCUGCGAGCUGGCCCUGGCCCUGGACUACCUGCAGAGCCAGCGUAUCGUCCACAGGGAUAUGAAGCCUGACAACAUUCUGCUUGAUGAACAUGGGCACGUGCACAUCACAGACUUCAACAUCGCAGCCAUGUUGCCCCGGGAGACGCGCAUCACCACCAUGGCGGGCACCAAGCCUUACAUGGCACCUGAAAUGUUCAACUCCAGAAGAGAAGCAGGCUAUUCCUUUGCUGUGGACUGGUGGUCGCUGGGAGUGACGGCAUAUGAGCUGCUAAGAGGCCGGAGACCAUAUCACAUUCGCUCCAGUACUUCCAGCAAGGAAAUUGCACACAUGUUUGAGACAGCUAUUGUGGCUUACCCUGCUGCCUGGUCCCAGGAGAUGGUGUCACUUCUUAAAAAGCUUCUGGAGCCUAAUCCAGACCAACGGUUUUCUCACUUGUCCCACGUUCAGAACUUCCCGUAUAUGAACGACACCAACUGGGAUGCAGUUUUGCAGAAAAGGCUCAUUCCAGGUUUCAUCCCUAACAAAGGGAGGCUGAAUUGUGACCCCACCUUUGAACUUGAAGAAAUGAUCUUGGAGUCCAAACCACUUCACAAGAAAAAGAAGCGUCUGGCAAAGAAGAAGGAGGAGAUGCGGAAGUGUGAUUCAUCUCAGAUGUGCCUUCUUCAAAAGCAUCUGGAAUCUGUCCAGAAGGAGUUCAUCAUUUUCAACAGAGAAAAAGUAAAAAGGGACUUUAAUAAAAGACAAGCAAAUCUAGCCUUGGAACAAACCAAAGACCCACAAGAAGAGGAUGGACAGAAUAGUACCCUGUGAAGUCCUCAGUAUCAUCUCCUUGAACACUUUCUGCCCUCAGACCAGGAACUUCUGAUCUCUGCAUCAGGAAGAAGUGACCAUAGUUCUCACCUCUCCAUUCCCUACACACCUUAGAAGAUGUAAAUGAGCACCUUUGGAAGGAGGUGUCGUGACGCAGUGAAGAAGGUCCCUGCACUCCUGGGAUCUUGUUUUACUACUAACUGUGUGACCUUGGGCAAGUCACUUAACUAACCUCUUUAUCUGCUUCAGCUUAGUCAUCUGCAAUGAGAUGGUUGCACUACACAUGCUCCUCUGCCUUCUUACUGCUAACAUUGUUCUUUUAAACAGCCUUUAUUUUUAUUUUUAAAAGAAUAUUUGAAUGUAGAUUUAUUUUUCCAUGCCUUCAAAUUACACUGUGACAAAUGGACAUAGGUGGGUGAUCUAACGAGGUGACUGGGCUGAUUUAUAGUUCUUCAGGUCUAGAAAUUGUCACAGAGACCAGAAUCCCCAAGCCCAAGUGAAGAGGAGUAAGAAAUUCACUUGGAAAGAAACGAAUGAGGCCAGAUCGGCCGUAACAGAGAUAUACAAGGGGCUUCAAGGAGUGUCCUUGGUCAAUACCCCAGGUUGGUUUGUGUCUGCUGGCCUUUUCCAGUAUCCUGUAGUGAUGUGAAGUUGGAAAGCUGGAAUUGACAAUCAGGGGAGAAUUUACACAAAGGGAAUUGGCCAAAGCUACAAACCAAGGCAUUCUUCUCUCACUCCCAGUAAGUAGUUAAGUAUCUACUAGCAUGCCACUUGCCACCUUCUAGCAUGUUCCCUGGGGGGCUUUAUCAGAGAAGAUAAGAAUAUGGUCACAUCAAACACACAUCUACCUUGUAGGCGAGCUCAGUGUACCUUCCACAGGUAUUAUAUUGUAAGUUGAAUGUGAGGUAAACUUGGAAGGCAGUAAAAUUUACCCUGAAAAAAAAUCACUCACAAGGAGAAUCUUCUUUCAUCAUGAAGCACAGCCCAGUGGUGAGUCACCCCUAUCCAUAAAGAAAUAAGUCAUUGUUUGGGUUUGUUCUGAUUUUGUCUCCUACUUUUAUUUUUAGCCUCAUUUUGAUUAAUAUCAGUUCAAUGGAAGUGUUGGACAUGGCUUCCUAGGCUAGGAUUAAUCUCAGGGCCGUGGAACGCGCCCCCAUCCGGGAGCAGUGACGGCAUGACCCCCAGCUUAUAGCAAUGAGGGGGUCACAACUGCCUGAUUAUUUAAAAUAUUAUCCAUAUCUCACUCUUUCAUUUUCUUUGUAUGUUAUUUGCCAGAGUUUAAUUUCCUUAAGUGAGAUGUGCAUAUGAUGUAACUCCAUUCUUCUGAGACAGAAGAAGUAGAGUUGGUAACCCACAGAUGCCAUGGGGCAGAGGCAAUAGGUGAAUAGGGUUGGAGGGGAUUAUUUUCACUUCCUGGCCACUCAGAUCCCCUCAUUUUGUCUUUACUUAUGGAGAACCAAGGGUCUCACCAAGAUGGCAGUCAGCUGGCAACAAGGACAAGCAGACUGGUGCCCACUUAGGAAACCAGGGAAACACAGGUGGAAAAGUUACCAGAACAUAUGCCCAUUUUUGACACAGGCCUUUUGCAGGAGGGAAGUGACACUAGGGCAACCAAGGUUGUGCAGAAAGCCAGUGCUGAACUUGAACCAGGCAUGUGGGCUUUUCUCCUCAUGGUACUAAUGUGCCCAGAAUUUCCAGCAGAGUUGUCCAAAGUGCCUCUACUUUACAAGCAACCAUCCUUUUGUUAAGAAUUAAAAACCAGCUCUUUCGUUCUGUUUGUCUCCAUUUCUCUGUAUUUCCCACACGUUACCUAGGCUAUUUUUUCUCUAAACAUAAACUCUCAAGUGCUUGCAUGGACUCAAUUUCACAAGAGAGGAUAUACUGAAAAGAGUGACUCUAGGACAAUCAGACCCUGGUCCAUGUGGGAAAGCAGCCUGUCAAGGGCUGUUCAACAGCUUUCAUCUCUCGUUAGUUUUGCUUCCAGCCCUGAGGUGCGCUGACCCGGUCACCUGCCUCCUCCUCUUGACCUUGUACAUAUGAUCCCAAGGGGAAGAGUCUGAGAAACACACAGCCAAGGGCAGGGGUGUAAGUAGACCCCCCACCCCAAGCUGGAAGGCCCUCAUCAUCUGUGCCAUUUCACGUCUACCCAAUUCAUAAAUUGUAUUAUUUAUAUGCUGUCUGUAGUUUGAAUGCCUAGAUUUUAUUUCCAGUGGGCUGCUUCUGUGCUGAAGACAUUUAUACUUCAGCAACCCUGGGCCCCCUGACUGGAAGGCACAGCCUUAGAGAGGUAAGGUGGGCUUCCACCCUAAGCAGGUUAAAAAAACCCCACCUCCAUCUGUUUCUAGUUAAAAAAAAAGAGAAAGCAUUGAAUGUAUUCAUGCAGAACAACCAAAGAUACCACCACCUCCUGCCACCACCAUUUUGAACAUCAGGACAAAAAACUUUUCCAAAAAAUAAGCUUGCCAAAACUGUUACCGUGACUGUUAACUAUCAAAAUCAGAUCUUAUGGGGCUUCCCCUGGUGGCGCAGCGGUUGAGCGCUGGGUUGUGAGGCUGCCCGCAGCCUCUGUAGUGCCAGUUCGAUCCCUGGCCACUGGUGAGGGUCCCACACACAAAAAAAAAUCAGAUCCUAUGGUUUUAUUCCAUAAUGGCUGAAAAUUAGGAUGCUAUCCAUGGAACAUGUCUUAUCUCAGACUCAGGGGCUGAGAAUUUUAAAGAAAACGGUGACUCCUGCAUUCUUUGGUUUGGGGUUCCUGAAAUCCUUGUCUCCCACCAGCUUCCACCCUCGCUGGUAUAGAGCAUAAGAAUCUGAAUAGGUCCGGGAGACCAGAAGCAUCUGGUUGAAAUACACUUGCAUCCAUGCCGCCACCCUCACCACAGCGAAGGAAAUGCAGGAGGGAAAUGCCUUCCAAUGGCUAACACCCUUUGAUGGCAGCGCUGAUGCGGGCUGAGGAUAUAACAUAGCCAGGGCAGGAAUGGAUGACAAGCAGCACAGGGCAUGGCUCCAUCUACUAGGGCAGUUUGAUUCACUAGUGGUCAGGCUUCUUCCUGCAGGAAAGUCUUAACCAGAAAUGACCAGACUUUAUAUCAUCAUAGCUUUUCUAGAUCAGAUGGAUGAGCAAAUCAGUAGAGAGCAAGCAUGGCAGUAGAGCUAGCAGGGACAGGCACUGCUGCUCUUGGCGGAUGCAGCAUGCCGACGCUUUACUUCUUCAAAAGCUGAAUAAACAGGCAUUAGAAGCAUUCCUGAAUUUGUUUCAGUAAAGGCGUCCCUGCACUGUCUCCACAAAACCCUUUUUGUACUCUGUCUACCUGUGAUUACUGUCCUUACACACUCGGCAUGUCUGGCUGUUAUUAAAACAUUGAUGUCAAAAACCCAAACUUCAGUUAUCUGUGUUGUGAACAGGCAGCCCUUGGAUGGAAAAGGCAUCUUCUAUUAAGCUGUAGCUAAUACAUAUAUAUACAUAAUGUACAUGUGCCUGCAUGUAUUAAAUGUCUUCU